CAAUUUUCCAACAAUUGCCCAGGGCACAGAGUUGCCAACAGUUUGGCCACUCAAUCCAAAGCCAUGACGAGUGAGGCUGACAAGAAGAUCCGUUCCCUGGAGAAAAAACUGCGCGAAAUCAAGAAGCUCCAAGAAAGGCUUGACAGCGGAGAGCAGCUUGAGAAGCUGCAGCUGGAUAAAAUUGCCAAACAGAAGGACGUUGAGGAGCAAUUGAUUUUCUUGCAGAAGGAAGAAUCUGAACCGCCUGGACCCACGCCAGUGAAAAGCUCAGGAGCGAAAGAGAUGCCAGCAGGUCGAGCAUCCAUCCCCAACCCAACGUCCAAAGCCUCGGCGCGCUCCGCCGCGUCUGAAGCGGCGGGAUCCGGAGCUGGAGGAUCCGGUGCUCGAGGUGGCUACAUGGACACACACCUCGAGGAUGCCAUUUGCCUGGGCAAUCAGCGAAAAGAUGAGGUUGAGCAGACGCGGAGAUACAAGUACCUCAGGUCGCCCAUGGCACAACAGUGGAAGGAGGAGUUUGUGGGAGUCUUUGAGGUCCAUCCACCGGACACCACGCCGGAGACGAAGGACCAUUCCAAAUGGAUGACCUUCACAGAGCCCUUCGAAUUCUACCUCUGGGAGUCGCAGAACAUCCCAGUAGAUCAUUUGAAGAAGACCAUCCACAAGGCAACUUCUGUGAAGAAGUCCGACUUCAGCCUGCAGACCAUGACGUCGGAGAGGCAAAAGCUCCCCUGGGACGCGGACGCGGUGGUGGAGUUUCGGAAGCUGGUGCAGAAGGGACUGAGCUCCUCGGAAGUGGAGAAGAAGCCCGUCGUGCGGAUCCAGGCUGUGCCAAACGGUUCGCUGCUUCGCCGCAAAAAGGUCCCAGCGAACGAACGAACCAGCGAAGCCCGUCGAGGAAAAAUGGGGCUUUUUGGCGCCGAGUGGACAACGGCUGGGAAGAGUUAGUGGAGCGUUUCUUUUUUCCUGGGUGAAACAUCUUUUUGUUUUCGUGGAUGUUCUUCACCACACGUUCCACCGCCCUGUCGACUCUUUUGUUCAUCCACGAGAACGAAUGAAUGUCUUGACUCUUGGCUGGGCAAACACCAUCAUUGCAGCUGGUUAUUCAAUGGUUAUUCA